AUGAAGACUACAAGUUUCGCCCUCGUUGUGGCCGCUGCUGCCAGCAUCGUCUCAGCACAGGAUCUCUCUGGAGAGCCUGCUUGCGCUAUCCCCUGCCUCACCUCCGCAAUCAGUAAAGUUGGCUGCGGGCUCACUGAUCAAGCCUGCCAAUGCGGCACCGGCAUGGCCCCAAUCCAAACCGCCGUCACUCCUUGCCUCAUCAGCAACUGCAGCCCUGCAGACCUAAUUAUCGCCGCCAGCGUCGGCUCCAAGCUCUGCGCUGAUUACUCUGCCACUGCAACUGGUGGGGCAGCCUCGGGCUCAGGCACAGGCUCGGCUACUGCCUCGGGCUCAGGCUCAGGCGCGAGGACGGAGACUGCUGUUCGCACCUCUGCUCCUGCUCCAUUGUCUACUGGUACUGGUUCUUCUCCGGGCACUGGCGGAAAGAAUGGCACCACUGGUGGUUUAUCGACGAGUGCAAAGCCAACACCCGGUGGCCCUUCGCCAAGCUCAUCCAGCUCUGCUGGUGCCGCCCCUACUCUGAUUGCUGGGAUCGGCUCUCUCGUUGGUCUAGUUGCUGGCGUGGUCGCUGCCUUGUAA